AUGUCGGAGCCUCGGCAUGAUCCAGCUGGAUCUCUGGAUGUGGAAGCACAUGCGGAGCAGUCUCCUUUACUGGGUGACCUUGAGCGUCAGGCCUCCUGGUGGUCAAAGGUGGUGACGGUGGCAAUCACCAGCCUAGUGGUAGCGUCAUCCCUGCUUCUUCUUGAGCCCUCGGCUGCAAAGCCCAGCCACAACGGGCACGUCGCCAAGCUGUCAAGGGUGCCAAAGAAGACCCUGGCACACGGGAAAGCACGGACCAUGUUGGAUGGCGGCGCGCGCACUCCGAAGGAUUCUCUGGGUGCCGCAAAAAUGGCCACAUCGAAAUGGAAAAGCGAGAGAGACAAGGAUCAGACACCUCACAUCGUGUUCGUCAAGAAAGAGACAGGCCACGGAGGGACUGAGAGCACCGAGCUCAGGCCAUUGCCGAAGAAAGCCUGGAAUCCGCACCUCUCGUGGAGACAUCAAAGGAAUGAAGCAUUCGCGACAAUUCGUGUGCUGCUGUCUCACUCGGCAGAUCUUUGCGCCUCCAUUGCCGCCCUGGCCGCUCCAGGCGCCCGGGCGGCAGUGGACCUGGCGCCGUGUAGCGGCUUUGCUGUUGGCGAGACCCUGCUGGCGUCGGUUCCAGAGAAACCAAGCGUCAAAGAUGUGUUGGCAAAGCUUGAUGCUUCGUACUUGCAGCUGGCAAAGAAACUGGACUUGUCAGUGGACAAGCUCAAGGCGCAGAUGGAAGAAGACGUGGAUCCGAUGUCGAAACGACUGGAGGCUUCGCUAGCUGGUCAUAUCGCAGACGCGGACGAGCACUUGAACCUGGUUGCUGGAUCCUAUCGCGCCCUCCUUAGCCGAACGGAGAUGAAGAUGUGGUUACCCAUUCUGGGCCUAGACGAGCUGGAAUCCUACUGCUCCGUAAAUGAGUUUGGCGCGUAUCUGGAAGCUGUCAUGACAAACACACCCAAACAGUCACUUGGUAGCAACCGGCAAUUAGCUCUACCAUCGGUGGCACGUUUUCUGCGGGCGAAUUCACAGGUCCUGCUGCUACGUUUCGCCAACUGCGCUGCGGGGCAAAGUCUUUGCAGCGCAGACUAUAUCUUCAAGUACGCAUCCAAAAUGAGAAAGAAAUUGCUGGACUACAGGAGCCUCGUGGAGGGCAUGUGCUUGUACGACAUCAGUGGUAAACGGUUAAGUGAACUCCCCAAGGGCUGCUUCAACCAUCCACUGCUGCACCAUCCAGACGAGUAUGACUCACUGACAGGUGAUCUGGGAGAGCUUCCAGAUGGAGUGACACAGCUACACUUUGCCACGAACGACAAAAUCACCGGAGAUCUAAGGGCACUGGCUCGUUUCCCGGGCAUGACGCGGUUAGACUUCUUUGCCAAUACGAAGAUCAGUGGAGACAUCAAGUGGCUCAAGGGCAUGACGCAGUUGACCUUCCUGAGAUUCCACGCGAAGCGAUGGAUGACGGGUGACAUCAACUCUUUGCAGAAUCUGACGAAUCUGACUUACCUUGACUUCCACUCUGCCGAGCUGAUCACUGGAGAACUUUGGGCCCUUCGAAACCUGAAGCAGCUGAAGUUCCUGAGCUUCUCGAGGAAUGCGAAGAUUUUCGGCGACCUCAACUGGCUUUCCGGCCUGCAGAAGUUGAAGUUCAUGGACUUCUAUUGGAAUCAGCAGAUCACUGGCGACCUGUCUUCGCUGCAAGACCUCACGAGCUUGACCCAUUUGGACUUCGAAAGCAACCAGAAGAUCACUGGUGACAUCGCAUCGCUCGAGAAAAUGACGAAGCUGAAGUACCUGGCCUUGGCUGCCUCGGGGAUCACUGGAGAUGUGCGUUCGUUGAAAAAGAUGAAGUCUCUGAACUUCCUGGACCUCCGUGGCUCCCGCAUCACCGCGGCGCGCGAAGACAGGGAGGCGCUGAUGGCGUCCACGUCGUUGCAAGAUGGCUAUGCAGCCUGGCCCCAGCCACGUGAAGAAGUCGCCGGUUGGUGA